UGCAAUGUUUUCCUUAUCGCCAUUGGAUUUCCUCUCCGCCGCUCAAAGCUGCUGCUACUGCGUCUCCAGGCGCUUCCUGCACCGACUCACAGUUUUCAAGGCAAGCGACUGUAUAUCGCUGUGAGAGGGGAUACAAGAUGAGGAACAGAAAUCUUUGGGAAGGAACGUGAGGAUUUACUCAAGGAUAUUACCAUGACAUGAAAUAAGGACCUCCCCUGGAACUGUCUUCUUGUUUGUCUUUUGUUUCUGUUUUUAUUUUUUCGUUGUCUGGUCUCCACCUGUCUUACCUAGUAAUCCCCUGUCUAUGUGUGGAGACCAGGUAAUGAAGUAGUGUUUUAGUAUUUGUCUGGAUGAAAUGUUGGUGUAUCACACUACUGUAUAGGGGUCUGGCCUUGUCGCUCUUCUUGUCUGCCUCCUAUAUGUCACUGAGAUUAAAGAUAGCAAUAGAGGUAUCAAAGGUCUUGAAAAAGACUGCACUUAUCAUAUCUUUGUGGCAUUUAUGACAUUUCGGGCCGCACUUACCAUACAGCAUUAUUUUAAUUUAAUUUUUGUUGCCUCCUUGUCUAAACAAGGUGUGUUUGUCUUACUCAUUUGUAUUCUUUCCUCAGCAACUAAGAUUCAGUUUUGUCCUUUUAUGUAAUUAUUUAAAGAUUUAUCUUUAAUGUGUUCUUUAAGUAGCUGCUCAGCUGCCUUAUGUUUUUAUCACAAUAGGUGGCUUUAAGUUGUAAUGUAAACUCUUUUGUACUUAUGCAAUCUUUGUGAAGAACAUUUUUGUUUAAAUGACUGAUCUUGUCAUAGAAAAUAUACAUGUUUAAGUCCUGUUGUCUUUGAAUAUAUUGAAGUAUCCAUUUUUUCACUGGCAGUAAAGUGUAGAAGCUGACAGCUCUUUAGAUCAAACUGAUAGGAGCUUUCUAACUGUGACACAAAGACUGGUUUUUGGCAGUUUCUAUCUUCACUGGAUAAAUACUCAAAACAGAAGAACCUUUAAACUGGAAGAAGUUUUUUUCUUUCAAAUGAAGAAAUACUUCUUAAAUUGACAGGUGGGAAUAGAAACUCAGGCCUGUUUUUUUUUUUUUUUGUUUUUUUUGACUCUUGAAUUCAAGCACUGAAGAGGGAGAAUGAUGCUGAGGAGAUUUCAGGGAUAAAGUUCUCAUAUUCAGAUACAUUUUGAUUUUCCCUGCAAAUCUUGCUGGACUGGAAUUUGCUGCCAAAUUCUUGAAGUUACUUGUUAGACUGACUUUUUCCUGACAAACUGCAUCCACCAGCAGUUAGGAUGCGAUCUCCAGAACCGUUUUCACCUUCUACGUCAGAGGCCCUCCUUCAUGGCCAGUUUGCCAGCUGGGGAUCCGGCAGCAACAGCAACAAUAACAGCUGCCCCAACAGCCCUGGUGGUCCAGGUGGACUCUCCCCUGCUGCCUCCCCUACUCCGUCUUCGGCCUCCAACUAUGCCUUGACCCUCACCCACACGCACAUACAUAUCCAGCGUCUGUCACCGCGGCCGGGGAAGGAAACCCGUCUUCUGCUGCCUUUGUCAGAGCUAGUGGGAUGCAGCUGUCCUCGCGCUCCUGCGCCUCCUCUCCUGGUGCUGUACUGGUACCCCCCUGGCAAACGACGGAAAGGGGUGUCCCGGCGCAGGCAGGUGAGGGCCUACUUGGCAGAAAGCAGGACUGAAGCUGAGAGGUGGUCGGCUGCCGUGCAGUGUCUACUCAGAGAUGUGACCGUCACUGCUGACACAGAAUUUUCAAGAAGUCUGCUACCUCGUCCCAGGCGACUACUGUUAUUGGUCAAUCCUUUCAGUGGGAGAGGCCAGGCAAUGCAGUGGUGUCAGACCCACAUCCUGCCGAUGAUCAGAGAGGCCAACAUCAGCUAUAACCUUAUACAGACAGAGCGUCAGAACCAUGCCCGGGAGCUGAUCAGAGAGAUACCGCUCUCAGAGUGGGAUGGCAUCGUCAUUGUCUCUGGAGAUGGCCUGCUGCAUGAGGUAAUUAAUGGGCUGAUGGAGCGUCCUGACUGGGAACAAGCAAUAAAAACACCUGUUGGCAUUCUGCCCUGUGGCUCCGGGAAUGCACUAGCUGGCUCCAUCAACCACAAUGCAGGGUAUGACAUGUGCCUUCGGGAGCCCCUCCUUUUGAACUGCUGCUUUUUGCUCUGCCGAGGUGGUAUCCGACCCAUGGACGUGGUCUCUGUGACGACAAGCCCUCCUCCAUCCAACAACAAUCGUGCUGCAGCACCCAGGAAACUGUUCUCUUUCCUCUCUGUUGCCUGGGGCUUUGUGUCCGAUGUGGACAUUGAAAGUGAAAGGUAUCGUGGCCUGGGCUCAGCUCGCUUCACCCUGGGCACCCUUGUGCGUAUAGCUUCUCUUCGAUCCUACAAGGGUCGUCUGUCCUACCUGCCUCCUUCUGUUUGCACCGGAUCACCAGAUGCUACACCUCCUCCACCAAGAAGACCCCUCUCCCGUAGUAUCACAGAAGGCUUGGAGGGUUUCUGCCGAGUGCCCAUCCAUCGCACCUGCUCUGAUAUGGGCAUCAGCGAACAGAGGAGCCUGCGUAGGGGUGAGGGAGAGAGGGAAAAAGAGGAGAGGCAGAGAGAAAGGGAGAGGAGAAGGGAGAGAGCUAGGGGAGGAGGAACUGGCGUGGUGAGGGCAAGCAGUCUGGCAGAGGACAGAGAGAGAGAACGGGAGGGGGAGGUGGAGAUGGAAGCAGAAGAGGAGAGGUCAGGGACAUGUUCAGAGCGGUCGGGAACAAGUUCAGAAUCGAAUGAAAGGGAUGAAUGCAGUAUGGGAGGGGUAGAAAGGCUGGCAGGGAUCAAGGAUGAAAGGGAAGACGAGGAAAGAGUGGAGAAUGACCCCGAUGAGGUGGAGGACAAGGAUAGGGAAGGCGGUGGGGGUUCUGUUGAGGCGGAGAGAGCACUGCAUGCAAGCGAGCCGGGAGAAAGCUGUGGGGUUGACAUGGGGCGAGAGGCAGAUGAAGAGCCACAGGGUGGUUUCACUUACCGAGAUAAUCUUCAAAAAAGAAAGAAUUCUGCCCCUUCCAGUCAGAUAGUCAGUGCACUCUUUAACCAGCCUCUCAGUCAGGAGGCAGACACAGACUCUGGCCCCUCAUAUGGGGUAGAGGACGUGGAUCUGAAUGGAACCUACUACCAGAAGGAGCCCUACCCACUGGACGUUGCUCGUGAGCGAGCUCUCACCAUUUCCUCUCCCUUUCGUCACUCUCCCUUCUCUUACAAGCCCAAGACUCUGGACCAAAACCAGAAUGCAUCCCGGCCAAGGCCCCUCUCCCUCCUCCAGCACUCCCACUCAAACUCCCUCCCCCCUAAACUCCCCUCCUUGUCCCUGUCUCUUUCUCCCACACCCCCAUCUUCCCCUUCAUGUGCCUCUCCACACUCCUCAUCCUACCUUGUCCCUCGUCCAAACACCCCAAAUUCCACCUCACCCUCACCCUCUCUACGCACACCGUCCUCAUCUUUUAGCUUUGACAUUGCCGAGCCAGCAGGACCCCAAAAGAACCGUCCUUUCUCUCUGCCUUUAAAUCUCCCUAAGGAUGACUUGUUACCCCCCCUUGACCAACCCCUUCCCACCAGAGACUGGGUCACCAUUGAAGGGGACUUUGUCCUUGUCCUGGCCCUUUAUCAGACCCACCUUGGGGCUGAUCUUUUUGCUGCGCCCCAGGCCAGGUUUGACGAUGGGCUUAUCCACCUGACCUUUGUGCGGGCAGGGAUCUCCAGAGCCACUCUGCUGAGACUGUUCUUUGCCAUGGAAAGAGGAACCCACCACUCGGUCAGCUCGCCCUAUGUGAGCCAUGUAACCUGCAGGGCCUUCCGGCUGCAGCCUCUGUCCACACGGGGGACGCUCACUGUGGAUGGAGAACUGGUGCCCUAUGGGCCACUUCAAGCGCAGAUUCAUCCUGCCAUGGCUCGUCUCAUCGUUGGCGACUCUGGGGUGAAGAUUACCAGAUUCUAAUCAGGGAUUGGUUUAACUGAUUCAGCACUCUACUGAAUUAUGUAAUCUCUGUUUUCAUCUAUACUCUUAAAUAGAGCGGGGGGUAUCUGAGAGACUGAAAAUAGCCUGGAUUGCAGAAACUGCUUUUCUAGGGUUUAAUGAAAGGGAUAACCCACCAAGCCACACAUCAUUGGAGCACGAAUGCAGGGAUUAAUAGUGAAUUUGAAAAUGGAUGAAAAAUGCGCCUCAUUGCACAGCUGUUGGAUUACGCUACGCGUACCCUGAGAAGCAUGAAAACUGCACAGCCUGGGAUAGUAAGAGGGAAGAACAAUCGAAUGUUAUGGGUUUUUUUUUGUUUUUCUUUGUUUGUUUUUCAGAUAGUGCAUGUGUUGGAUGUAUACAUAGUAGUAUGCAUGCAGAGAAGCACUACCUGAUUGUUGCCUUUCAAUGAGAUGAAAAGAAGUCAGAUUAAAUUCACAGAAAGUGGUUCUUAACCGUAAAAUGCUACGAAAACACACAGAGAUUCACUUGGGCCAACAUCCCGUUAAAACUGGUAUAUAAAAGUCUGAAAACGUCAGUCGCUGAUAGGAAUGCCUUAUCUGACACUGGACGGUAUAGUUGUACCUUUGUCCUUCCUUACGUUCAUAAGAAACCCAAAUCUCUGUCCACUUAUCAGAGUGUCCGUCCAUGCAUAAAUACAACACCCACCUACUUACAGUUAUUUUUGAGCACACUACUCUCUUCCUUGUUUUAAGCAUCAGUGGAGAAAAAUGUGGAUAAAUGUACACUAUACUGAUCAUUCUGUUCAUGCGCAGCAACUCAGUGUAGCGCAGCACAUUACUGGGAGCAAUGGGACCGUUGGACGGUGACCAUUACUGACAAAUUUACAUAAUCUGCUUGUUUUUCUUAGUCAGUGAUAUGAGACUUUUUCACCAUAUUGGACAUAAAAAUAUCUGAACAAAAUGAGCUUCAUUGUCAGUGGUUUUAGGCUUUUCAUUUUCAAGAUUUUUUGUAAAAUCACAUGCAUUAACAGCACUGUUUUAUGUCAAAAUAUAUAUCACUGUAUCUGAGUAAACAUCUUUGGAAGUGGAGAGGACUUUACGUGCCUCUGUUAAAAAGUAAGCCGUGCAUUGAUUUAGCACAGUAAAAGAGUGUAAGCAGUACAGAAAAUCACAAGACUAGAUUGUGUAUUUAGAUUCAUUUAAUGCAGAAUCAGUUAUGAUGUUUUGGCCUAGAAAUGGAUGCACUAGUGUUAAUAGCUUAAUCCAGAUACUAUGAUAAAUGGAUCACAUUACAUUCCUAGCCUGAAAGGAAUUAAAAUGUCUCUGUCUGAACACUCAUACCUUUUAAAAUGUAGGACUGACUGAUUACAAAACCAUAUAGAAACUGCUGUAGAGACAAACUAGGGCACAACACUAAAACCCAGCAACUUUUGUGUUGUCAGGUCAGACCUGUGUUCUGGAAAUAAAUCAGAUGGACGGAAAACAACUUUGACUGAGAAAUUAUUCGGCAGCCAAAGCCAAUCUGUUGAAGUAACUGACUGGGUCUUAUAUUUAAUAUAUCCUGAGUACUUCCAAAUGAUGAUGUGCUCCUUAUUGAAAUCAAACAGCAGAGCUGGGAGCCCUACUAAAUAUUCUUGUGUUUUUUUUUUAAUGUCAUAUUAAAACCUGCUGAUCUGCUUGGUAUUCACAGAGGAUAAAUGAUUAGCAUGUGAAGUGUAUCAAUCAUUUCAAUCAUGUGGCGAUUGCUCGCAUCAUCGUCAUCAUAUUGUCUUGGUCGUGCCUGGACAAAUUAAUGCCUUUGUAUAAUAAGCCUGUAUAUUUUGGCUGUCGAUUGUGAACUGUUGAAACCUAUCUGCAGAAAAUGGAGUAAAACUCUUUGCCCAACAGGAUGUUAUUUUCUUCUUUCAAUUUUGUUUACCUUUUGAGCAUACAGUGCAGCAGUACUUUCACAAUUACACUGUGCUUACACAGCUGCAGAAUGUGAAUACAGCAUUUCCAUCUAUGCUUGUAGCACCAUCAAAUACAGGAAUCCAUAUACACUUUGAAUGGAGUUUUGCCAGUAUGUUUACUCUUGAAGUGUAAGAGACUAAUUAUGAUAGUUUACCUUCCUAAACAUUUUGUCGUCCGUUACCAUAAUUAGCACCACAAUGUUAUAGACCAAUUUGAUAUGACAAUGUCGAGGUAUAGCCCUUCAAUUGAUAAUGCCAUUAAGAUGUCUGUAGUGAACUGCCUGUAAUGAAAUUGUAAUUAUUACUAAAAUGAUGAAAAUAUAUACAUAUACAAUGUACAGAUGAUAGUUACAUAUGGUUUUGAAUAAAUGGAACUUGAUAA